UUUCAGGUAAAUCACAAGUGUGUUCAAAUGAGCAACACUUAUAAUCACUUCGUGUUUCGAUUUCUCUUUAUCGUAUUACUGCUCACACAAUUCAUAGCCUCCAGUCCCAUGAUGGUAGUGAGGAGAGUACCUACACCUUAUUAUCAGACAAUACAAAAAUUAGAACGAAUGAUUGAUAAUGAACAAGUAUUGAGAAGAUAUCGAAAGAGCAUACCCGAUGGUUAUUUCGACGAGUUCUCAGUUCUCACUGAUGUACUGGACAGGCAACGACGGGGUCAACCGAUUUCUGAUUAUACCGACGAGUUUAGUGCAGAUCCUUUCGAGAUUUCAGUUUCCCCUCCGAUCGAUCAAGCAGAAAGGGAAACAAUGACACCUGUUCCAGCUGCUUCACGGUAGUCUUCAAUUCUUCAGUAACAUCUUCUGAACCAUCAACACGUCAUUCUAGCGUAAUCCCUUCUGUAUCUCCUCUUGAUCUUAUCGCCAACGCCCCCUCACCUUACAUUCCACCAACAUCUCGCCAACCAACCAAACAACAAAACAACAAUCCUUAUUUAUUAUUAUUAUUAUGUUUUUUUUUUGAAUUCCAACAAGAAUUGAAUAAUUUGAUAUUACCUUGUUGAUUGUGAUCUAUUCUUAUUUUAAGAUCUCUCCGUAUAUGCCACACAGUGCCCUUUACGCCUGGAUAAAUUGGAUUUUGCAUUAAAUUGUGAAUUGAAAUGAACAAACCGCAUCAUGCAAUAAACACAUAUCUUUUGUU